AUGGCACAUUCAGUACCUAUUCGCCCAAUGCCCGAGUUUAACCCCGACGCUGAACUUGGCGCGAGCGUCGCUACACGUUGGAAAAACUGGGUCGCAGACUUUGACAUGUUUCUCCUGGCUAGUGGCGUUACAGAUCCUAAACGACAACGAGCUUUGUUGCUAUACCAACGCUAUCUCACUGCCCUUGGAAUAAAGGCAAUCUUCUCUACUCCCAAAUGGCCCCAAGGCAACGCUGAGGUAGAACGCUUCAUGCAACCCUUGGGCAAAUCCCUGAAAGCUGCUAAACUUGACGGUCGUCCAUGGAAACAAGAGCUAAGUCGUUUCCUGUUGCACUAUCGCACCACACCGCAUUGUACCACUGGUGUUCCACCCUCUGAACUGUUAUUUAAUCGCCAAGUUCAAGGAAAACUUCCUAUUUUACAAAAACGCAAUCUCGUUAACCGUCACAACGAGGCUCGGGAAAAGGAAGGUGAAAGACAACAAUAUAACAAACGUUACGCUGAUGAAAAGAGAAACGUUAGAGAACGCCCAAUAAAAGUUGGCGACUACGUUUUGUGGAAGCAAGAGAGACGGAACAAACUCACCCCUAAUUUCAAUGAAACACCCCACAUUGUCAUCUCGCGAAACAACAACACGGUGACAGCACGUAGUCAGACAGGACACACUAUAACUCGCAAUGUAUCACACUUCAAGCCAAUACCGAAGCCAAAGAUUGAUGUUCAAGUCGACGACGACGAUGACAGUGAAACGUAUGACGCGGAAAGGACCGAACGAGACAGAGUUGACACUGGUAACCCUGAGCCAAGACGAUCGACAAGGAAUGUCAGGCAACCAGAACGAUAUGGCGAGGGAAUUCCCUCGUCG